CUUCACCCCACUAAAAAAGUUGAGCCGCCAUUCGAGAUUCAUAUUUGAUCACCCUAGUAGCGAUCACGCAAAGAUCUGUACCCAUAUCAAGCAAAGCCACAAAUAUGACCGCACCAGAGACUUCGGCGGAGGACACUCAGGUCCUCGCUCUCCGCAACAUCCUCACUUCAGAGCGAGAGGCCCUCGCGCGCCGUUUCCGCGCUCUCUUCUCCCUCAAAUACCUUGCAUCCCUCCAGCCUCCCAGCGAGCAGACAGUCCCAGCAAUCGAAGCCAUUGCUGCAGCAUUCGGAUCGCCUUCUGCACUACUCAAGCACGAGCUUGCAUACUGCCUCGGACAGUCUCGCCACGAUGCUGCGAUCGCCCCUCUGCGACAUGUGCUCGAGGACAAGGAAGAGGACUCAAUGUGCCGACACGAGGCUGCAGAAGCGCUUGGUGCAAUAGGCGAUCAAGGAAGCUUAGGGUUGUUGAAGGAGCUCAGGGACAACGUGCAAGAGCCGGAUAUCAUUCGGGAGACAUGCGAUAUUGCAGUGGACAGGAUCGAGUGGGAACAUGCGAAGAAGCAGGAGAAGCUGAAGAAGAGCGACUUCGCCUCCAUCGAUCCUGCGCCGCCACUAGCCCAGAGCACCGAAACGCCGUCGAUAGAAGACCUCGAGAAGACGCUGCUUGACACCAAGCUGCCCUUGUUCCAGCGCUACAGGGCCAUGUUUGCCCUGCGCGACCUUUCCUCGCCGCCCGAUCUGCCUACAGCUGUCCCAGCUGUUCUGUCGCUCGCCCGUGGUUUCAGCGAUCCAUCUGCACUUUUCCGUCAUGAGAUCGCUUUUGUCUUCGGACAGCUGUCGCAUCCCGCAUCCAUUCCUAGCCUGACUGAGGCGCUGAGUAACACAAAAGAAGCGAGUAUGGUACGACACGAGGCCGCAGAGGCCCUAGGAAGUCUGGGCGACGAAGAGGGUGUUGAAGAAACUCUGCGAAAAUUCUUGGAUGAUCCAGAGCAGGUGGUGCGAGACAGCGUAAUUGUGGCACUAGAUAUGGCCGAGUUCGAGAAGAAUGGGGAGGCGGAGUACGCGAUUGUGCCACAACCACAGGCUGUCGCUGCUUAGGGGGUUUAGUCGAAUGGGUGCAUAUUUGAGGCGUUUAGGUUACACGAGGAAUGUAUAUAGAAUUUUGCAAGUGAAGGCUCGCGCUCAGUUGUUAUUGUUCCAUCUGU